GUUUAUGACGACAAACACUCGCGACAAACAAGUGAUUAACUGUACUCUGUUCAUAGCACGGCCACCCACGAAUACGGUCCCGUCGUUUUCCGCAAUCCGAGUUGAAUUGACUGAGUUAGCUUGCGCCAGGCGAGGUCUGUCAUCCGCAUUAACUACUCAUCGCGGUUCACCGAACCCACCACGGGGUCAGAUCCACUUCACAGCUUGCGAAGGAGGACUACCAGUGGGAUCAGGACGCAGAAUGUGCUAGCAGGACGAGUUUCACUUUGGGUUCUUUCACUUCCUGAGACUUGGUUUGGAGUUGGCUCUCAUCUCGAGACCGCAUUCACCAACCAGCAUUGUUGCUGUUGCUGCUACCGGCGCGGUCUGCCACCUGACUUGACUGUCAAAUUCACUGCAUCCUGGCACAACGCUCAAACCCCAUCGCCAUUCUUUCGACUCCUGCACUUACCAUCAGGAUGUCAGACCUCACCGAGUACAAUGUAGUAGUAUUCACUCGGAGCGAUGGUCAGGAUUAUGGACCGGGGUACUGGCCAGCCCCUACAGAUGCGGCGGCCAAGAACGCGAAGAAGACCACCCAAGAAAAGACACCAAGAGCGAAGCCUCAGAUGGUUCGACUGACCGAAGACGACCCAAGGUUUCAGGAGUGGCGUAUAAAGCUGGGGAUAUUGUUGAAGCAAGAACUUGCACCCACAGAGGGUCUUCCUUGGCUCGUCAAUUUCCCGCGUGGGUACUGGCUGUAUGAGAAGUCGAAGCAUCUCUGGGUUUCUGGACACCCGGAUAGGUCAAGGCCUCUCUACAAGAGCCCGCAAGAGUUCGGUAUCCAUCUGCUGUGGCUCCUCUCGAACUCGAAUGACCGCAAUGACUGCCGCUGCGUCCACUGCAACACUCGAGAAAUGCCGAACAUCGACGGGCUGAGCGUCGUAGAUGGGCCUCGGGCCCUGCCGACGGCGACCAACGCGCAGCCCCCAUCAAAAAUCCGUAAGAUCACGCCGCAGAUACCGCCAGGCACAACCGCGUCCCCUGUUCCUGCAGCAGCGGCGACUCCUCCAGCCGUGAAGAGAGAGACACCUGUGCCAGCGCCCACAACCGCGGCGAAAAAGGAGACACCGAUACCGGUUCCGACGAUACCCUUACGUGCUGCCCCAGCUCAAACGUCAGCUCAGGCGCAGCCUCCUCUGCAACAGCAGCAAUCCCAAUACCAGCAUCAGCACCAAGCGCUACCGAGUCAAGCGCCUCCGGCCCAGACGCAAGGACAGCCUCCAAACCAGGCUCCCGUCCAGCCCCAAGCUCAACCCCAAGUUCAGGCACAAGUGCAACAUGUCAACCAGGCUCCGCCCCAAGCUCAACCUAUGUAUCAACAGCCACAGUUCUUACCCUACCCGCAACCUUAUCUGGGAAUACAAGCCCCGACUCUGUUCCGUGUCGGAGAGCUGGUCUGGUUCCAAAUAGCGUCUGGCUGGCGUCUAGGCAUUGUAGCCGUAACUCCCACACCCACCAACAUAAAGCCCGGCGUCAAGCCCGAGCUCCAGAUUCUCCCAAUGUCCCACCAGCUCUUCAACCAGUCGCCGAUCCAGACCUUGGAAGCAACAGCACGCCCAUUUUUGGCCUUCUCUGUGCCCAACGUCAGCAUCCCGGAGCUGCAGAACAAGGCGUACGACGAGGUCAACUGGGAAGCCUUCCUCCGCAGUCUUACCCCCGAGGACACUCAUCGUCGCGAGGUGGCGCUGCUCGAUUCAUCAAAGAUGGCGGCCCAAAAGGUCGGCGUGUCGUUCUCCGUCUUCAGUCGUCUCGGCGAGAACGAAGGCGGCAAGAAGGUCGACUACCACGGCAUCUUCCUUGGCGCUGAGCGCAUCGAGCUCGGUGACGUCCUCCGCGUCCGCAUCUCACCGGAACAGAACCUCCCGCCCGCGGCCAACAACCUCCCCGACGCGCUGCUUGCCCUCCGCGAGAUCUGCACCGCGCCCAUUGACGUGCCCGGCAUGGCCUUCUUCAAGGGCGACAUCUACCAGCCCCUCUCGGGAGACAACGCCCCGGCCACCGAUGUCGCCAUGACCGUGCCGGAAGACAAGCUCCCACGACCGCUUCGCGAGGAGAUGGUAUUCCGCAAGAAGUUUGCCCCCGCGGACCGCUGGCGCUGCGUUCUACUCAAGCAGAACGCCGUCCUCCGCGAGCCGGACCUCAAGGGCCGCUUCUACGCCACGCAUAGGCUGCUGCCGCUGCUCGACGGUCAGGCCAAAGCAGCGUCCGAGGCACAGAAGGGCAUAGUGCGCGACGUGCAGCAGCGGCUCAACCAGCGCAUCGACACGUUCAAGACGGCCUACAUCGGGCAGAAACGCACUCGCGCCGAGACCAUCGGCCCCGCGCUUCCUCCGGGAAGCGUCCUCCAAUUUGAGGCAUCCGUGCGCGAGGAGGGCGCUUAGGACAUUGGAAGGAGGAUGGCCGUGUGGUCGCCUAUUGGUGCUUGGGACUUGUUAUGACGGUUUGGCAGCACAGGACGACGAGGCCAGGGUUGGCAGGAGUCGGCAGGGUAGAUGGGCAAUGGCAACGGAGACCUGUGUAUUAGUAGAGGAUGCAGCGUGGGCACCAUGUAAUGGACGUUACCACCUCACCCCUUCGAGGCUGUCCAGGGGCCUGUAAUCUUUCAUGUGAACCCGCAGGCCCUUCCUUACCCAGCCUUUGCCUCAGAACCAGCUCCGGGCUAAUGCCUCGUCAACGAGUCACGGUCGCACAAGGCCAGAUGGAUGCGAAUAAGCCGAAUUUGGUAGGUGGUACAAUACGGACCUGGCAUGAAAUCUGGACAAAAGGGUUGACAUCUCAAUACCACUUACUGCCUCUCUAUACAUCAUCCUUAUUACCCAUGCUACCCCGGGAACCAACCAUCGCACGCCAGAUCCAGACUGCAGGGGCGCAUACAGAUAUGUAUACAGACACACAUAUCCCAUCAGUAGUUUUGUUUCUUAUAUCCACGUUACGACCGAACGCGUGUCAGCCGGCAGCGUACCACCUUCAUUGUUUAACGUACAAUUUUUAAAUUUCUUUUACCGCAUUACGGAUAUACACUCCUCUCUCCAUUCCCUCCGCUGUUCAAAUGGUCACCAGCCCCCUUUUCUAGAAGGUCGUCUAGAAGAAGGAAAGAAGAAAGGAUGAAAAGCACCCAGGGGAUGGAGGUCGAUUUCGUGACAACCAGGCCAACGAACGGCCUUCGUCCCAGACAUACGCGCACACAUGCCAAUCAACUGGGAAGAUAAAGAAGAAAAAAAGAAAAACAAGGGGACGGGGGGUAACGAGUAGAUAGAUAGGGAGGGUCCAGAUCUCCAUCUGCACGCGCGUGGCAAGGUUUCUUUUUCCCUUAUCCAUCUCCAUCGACCCUUCGAGCCCUCGUACCAUCAUCCGAUCCGCGGUCUCCUCGAACUGGGAAAACAUCUGUUUCCUUUUUUCUCGUUUCUUCUUCUUCUCCGUAGCACCACUACUCUACGACGACUCACCGUUGGUACCACAGCAUAACUGACACACACACACCUGAGUUCCAGGGCGCCGCCAACCCACCCCACUGGCCUCCCUUUCC